CACAGGCAUAUGCUAGACAACAAAACAUCAACCUUAAUAUUUGCCAGAUUCCUAACCGCACACCCAAAUUCAAUAAUAUAUUCACAUACACAUAUGUGCACCAUAAACGUACAUAUCCACCACAUCUGUAAAGAAAGCUGUAAAGAAAGCGCACCCACUAUCAAAACAUAGAUAUGGCAGAGGUGGUGGUGAGAAAUAAGCAGGUGAUACUUAAAGACUACAUCAAUGGGUACCCAAAAGAAUCGGACAUGGUGGUAACUUCUGAUGCCACCAUCCGUUUAGAGUUGCCGGAGAAUGAUGGCGGUCUAGUUUUAACCAAAAAUCUCUAUUUGUCAUGUGACCCCUACAUGAGAAGUCGCAUGAGUAGAGCCACAGAAGCAAGUUAUGUCGAUUCUUUCACUCCUGGUUCGCCUAUACUCGGCUAUGGUGUGUCGAGAGUUUUAGAAUCGAGUCACCCUAACUUCAAGAAAGGAGACUUGAUAUGGGGUCUCAUUAAUUGGGAAGAAUAUAGCUUAAUCAAAGAUACCAGUUCCCUGAUAAAGAUUCAACAUACUGAUGUUCCUCUUUCUUACUAUACAGGAAUCCUAGGUAUGCCUGGAAUGACUGCUUAUGUUGGUUUCUAUGAGAUUUGUUCUCCAAAGAAAGGAGACACUGUGUUUGUGUCCGCAGCAUCCGGAGCUGUUGGUCAACUUGUUGGACAAUUUGCAAAACUCUUUGGUUGUUAUGUUGUUGGAAGUGCUGGAUCCCAAGAAAAGGUUGAUCUACUCAAGAACAAGUUUGGGUUCGAUGAGGCAUUUAACUACAAAGAAGAGCAAGAUCUUAAUGCCGCUUUAAAAAGGUAUUUUCCAAAUGGCAUUGAUAUUUACUUUGAGAACGUUGGGGGAAAGAUGCUCGAUGAAGUACUACGCAACAUGCGACUUAAUGGUCGCAUUGCGGUUUGUGGAAUGAUCUCACAGUACAAUCUUGAUCAAUCUGAAGGCACUCGCAAUCUCUUUUUGCUGGUGGCGAGAAGUAUAAGAAUGGAAGGGUUCCUGGUUUUUUAUCACUAUCACAAAUAUCCGAAGUUCUUAGAAAUGAUUAUGCCUCUAAUUCAUGAAGGAAAAAUCACCUACAUUGAGGAUACCCUUGAAGGUCUCGAAAAUGCUCCGGCUGCCCUUAUCGGAUUGUUUACAGGCACAAAUGUCGGAAAACAAGUUGUGGCCAUAACUCAUGAGUAAGGAAUGGUAAUGUUAAGAGACAAAUGUGUUUUUGUUUUGUCAAUAUUCAAUUUUAUGUUUUACAACUUGCUGAGUGCGUAUUCUAUGGUCACUAUCAUGGCAAAUAGUGGUAGUAUUUUAUGCUAUAAUAAGGAAAUCAAAUAAAAGCUUGGUUUGAUUCUAUUACUA